CAAAAUCCUGGAAACUUGCCGCCUCGAUCGAUGGUGGUUUGGCCUCUGGGAGUUUUACUUUUCUUCCUUUUUCCACCCUUUACAACAACAACAAUCUGCCGCAGUCUUCAAGUCACCGGUUGCCCUCCUACGCCGCUUCUCACGUUUUCCUAACCGGUUGCUUGCAAUUUACAAUCUACAGUUCGUUUUUGUCCGCCGGGUCUGUUUCUUUUCCUUCUUUUCCCCUCGCUUCUGAUGAGGACGGUCUUCCUCCCUUCAACCAGCGAUCCCCACCCCACUCCCACUUUACAACAUCCGUGUCCUUGGAAACUCGAUAUAAUCGCCCACCCCGUCGUCGAUCACCCACCAGCCAAGUCAAGCUGCAACUUCCCACCUGCUAUUACCCACGCACGCAACUCCAAAGGUAUUUCCGACCACCACUUUUCUGUUUAGCCUUCCCAACCUCAGUUUCCCAAAAUGGCGGGUAUCUUCCGAACGAUCUAUGACUGGCUCCUGAGGAUGUUCUGGGCGACAGAGAUGGAUGUCACCAUGAUCGGACUCCAGAAUGCAGGGAAGUCUUCCCUGUUGCGUGUACUUGCGGGGGGCGAGUUCACUGUAGAUUCGAUUCCCACCAUCGGGUUUAACACAAAGCGUGUCCAGAAAGGACAUGUGACUCUGAAGUGCUGGGAUCUCGGAGGACAGCCGCGAUUCCGACCGAUGUGGGAGCGGUACUGCCGGGGCGUCAAUGCGAUCGUUUACAUCGUGGAUGCAGCCGAUCGCGCGGCCCUGCCCGUCGCCACCGAGGAGCUGCAUGACCUGAUGAAGAAGUCCGCGCUCGAUGGGAUCCCCCUGCUCGUGCUGGGGAACAAAUCGGAUCUCCCAAAUAAGUUAUCGGUCGAUGAUCUGAUCGAAGCGAUGGACCUAAAGUCCAUUACCCACCGCGAGGUGAGCUGCUAUGGUAUCAGCGCGAAAGAAGAAACGAACCUCGAUGCGGUCCUGCACUGGUUGAUUGCCCGUGCCAGCCGCUAGAUGUCAAAUCCAAGGACGGCACCAGAGCGACUUGACCCAGUAGUCCCUGCCAUCCUUUUAUUCUUGGUCCCAGACACGAGAUCAAGAACCGUAGACUGCAACCGUUGCGCGCGGCUCGCGGCCUCAUUGUAACGAUGUGAACGUUUUUGUGAGCCAGGCACAUUGUCCCAUUUGUUAACGAAGCCUUCUGUUUCAUGGUUGUCGCAUUGGAGUUAUUCGC